UCCUAUUGAAAGAAGAGGGAGGGGGAGAGAUGGGCACUGUCCUGGGUGCGAUGGAGGAGUACACCUUCACCUUCGUGGCCAUGGUCGUGGGCUUCCUUCUUAUCGUGUACAUGUAUGAGCCAUACUGGAAGGUGCGGCACGUGCCAGGACCCGUGCCGCUGCCGCUCAUCGGCCACCUCCACCUGCUCGCCAAGCACGGCCCGGACGUCUUCUCGGUGCUCGCCAAAAAACACGGCCCUAUCUUCAGGUUUCACAUGGGAAGGCAGCCAAUGAUCAUGGUGGCUAACGCAGAGAUUUGCAAGGACGUAGGCAUCAAGAAGUUCAAGAGCAUCCCUAACCGGAGCAUGCCUUCGCCCAUCGCUAAUUCUACGAUCCAUCAGAAAGGACUCUUCUUUACAAGGGAUUCGAGGUGGUCGUCUAUGCGAAACAUCAUUGUCUCCAUCUACCAGCCGUCCCACCUUGCCGGAUUGAUUCCAACCAUGGAGUCGUACAUCGAGCGCGCGGCGACGAACCUCCAGCACGGUGAGGAGGUUGACUUCUCCAAGCUUGCGCUGAGCCUCUUCACCGACGUCAUCGGGCAGGCGGCAUUCGGCGCGGAUUUCGGCCUGUCCAGAAAGCCGACGCCGCCCGGGGAGGAUGGGAAGAGCCACGCCAGGGAUGACGCUGGCAGCACGCAGGCGAAUGCGUCAUCGGAGUUCAUCAAGAUGCACCUGCAAGCGACAACGUCACUCAAGAUGGACCUAUCGGGGUCGCUCUCCAUCAUUGUCGGCCAGCUCAUGCCGUUCCUGCAUCAGCCAUUCCGGCAAGUGCUCACGAGGAUACCUGGCUCCGCCGACCGGGAGAUUGACCGCGUCAACAACGAGCUCAGUAGGCAGAUGGACGGCAUGGUCGCCGACCGGAUUGCAGCGAGGGAGCACUCGCCGGCGUCGGAGCAGCACAAGGACUUCCUGUCCGUGGUGCUCGCCGCGAAGGAGCGCGGUGCAUCGGCGCAAGAGCUGCUGACGCCGGACUACCUGAGCGGGCUUACCUACGAGCACCUCCUCGCUGGAUCGGCGACAACGUCCUUCACUCUGUCAUGUACGGUAUACCUUAUCGCCAAGCACCCUGAGGUGGAAGAGAAACUGCUCAGGGAGAUCGACGCGUUCGGCGCACACGACCGCGUACCCACGGCUGACGAUCUGCAGACCAAGUUCCCCUACCUGGAUCAGGUCCUGAAGGAAUCGAUGAGGUUCUACAUGGUGUCGCCAUUGGUGGCGCGAGAGACCUCCGAGCGGGUGGAGAUCGGUGCCUAUGUCCUUCCAAAGGGUACAUGGGUGUGGCUAGCACUUGGGGUCCUCGCUAAGGACCCCAACAAUUUCCCAGACCCAGAGCUGUUCCGACCGGAACGUUUUGAGCCCACCUGUGAUGAGGAGAGAAGGAGGCACCCGUACGCAUUCAUCCCGUUCGGCAUCGGCCCAAGAGCCUGCAUCGGCCAGAAGUUCUCCAUUCAAGAGAUCAAGCUGUCGUUGAUCCACCUCUACCGGCAUUUUGUUUUCCGUCACUCUCCCAGCAUGGAGUCCCCACUCGAGUUCCAAUAUGGGAUCGUGGUCAACUUCAAGUAUGGAGUCAAGCUUCAGGUCAUCAGGAGGCAGAGGGACUAGGUUGCCGAGUGCUGUGGAUCUUGAUGUUCACACACUUCUGCCGAUGAAAAAUAAAAGAGCAAACCCGGUUCUGUUA